UCCUGACUUAUGUCCCAAAUGGCUUUGAGACAAAAAUAAGCCACGACUUGAACCGUUGCAGAACUUCUUCUGCAGAGCCGACUCUGACAUUUUAGAGGCUCCAAGCAGCUUUUGAAAAGGCUAUCUAUUCAGAAAUAAAUGGACUUCUUUUUCAAAAAUUCGUAUCUGGAACCCAAACCGGCGCUUCCUGUGAGUACCGGCUCUAAUCAUGCGUCUCCUUCUCAAUCGUUGACCAUUGCGGUAGCUAUUAGUGGUAGUACCAAAAGCAAGAAUGUACUUAAAUGGGCGCUCAAGAAGUUUGCUUCCGAGAAAAAUAUUGUUUUCAAGCUGAUUCACAUCCAUCCAAAGCUCACUUCUAUACCUACACCUUCCGGAAACAUAGUCUCUAUCUCUGAGGCACCAGAGGACGUGGCGGCUACUUAUAGACGACAAGUUAUGGAGGAGACUAAGGAAACACUUCUGAAACCUUACAAGAAGAUGUGCGAGCGUAAAAAGGUUGUAGUGGAACUUUUAGUGCUAGAAUCAAAUAGUGUUGCAGUGGCAAUAACCAGAGAGGUUAAUCAGCGUUCGAUCAGCAGGCUUGUUAUUGGACGCUCAUGUAAUACAAAUUACAGGAAUAAUGAUAUUACCGAGAAAAUAUCAAACUAUGUGUCAAACCUAUGCACAGUCUAUGUUGUCUCAAAAGGAGUGUAUAUUCUUUCGAAAGAGAAAUUACCUUCAGCUUCAGACACAGAGAGAAAUGAAAUUUUAAGAGAUACUGGUAGUGAGAGAAGCUCCAGCUGUUCUUCAGGUUCAGGGACUAUCUCAGAUGCAAUGUCGUCAACAAAUGCACUCAAAUCCAAGUCUCUUGGUCUGUCCAAUAAGAGAUUGCAACAUCUCCCGACAAUAGUAAGAGGGGUUUCUGGUCGUGUGGAAACCGACUCUGAUGAAACAAGAAGUGUGUGUUCGGAUGCUCCAGAGGAAGUAAGCAAGAUAGAAACAUCCUAUACUUUCGAUGACAGAAAAGACGGAAACAGUCAUAUAUCUAGCAACCCUGAAUAUGAAAAUGUUACUGAUCCAGGUGAAGAUUAUUUCACAGACGACCAGGACACACGCCAAGAAAUUACAAAGUUGAGAGAUGAACUUAGACAAGCUCAGGAAAUGUAUGCAGUGGCUCAAGUAGAGACCUUGGAUGCUUCUAGAAAGCUCAAUGAGCUAAAGUUGGAAGACCUAACACUAAAAGAUCAAGGAACAAAGGGGUUAGCAGAAAAGGAAACACAGAAGAAGAGAAUGGAAGAGAAAGAGACUGCACAGAGAAGAGAAGCUGAGAUGAAAGUAGCCCGCGAAGCCAAAGAGAAGGAGAAGCUUGUAGAAAGCUCCCUUGUGGCUCCUAAGGUGGCUCCUAAAGUGCAAUACCAAGAGUUCACUUGGGAAGAAAUCAGUACCGCAACUUCAUCAUUCUCUCAAGAGCUUAAGAUCGGAGAAGGAGCUUAUGGCGCUGUUUACAAAUGCAGUCUUCAUCAUACAGUCGCCGCUGUCAAAGUUUUGCAUUCCCCUGAAAGUAAUCUAUCUAAGCAAUUCGAUCAAGAGCUGGAGAUCUUGAGCAAAAUCAGGCAUCCACACUUGGUUCUCCUCUUAGGAGCAUGCCCUGAGAGUGGAACUCUAGUCUACGAGUACAUGGAGAACGGUAGCUUGGAAGAUAGAAUCUUCCAAGUCAACAACAGCCAGCCACUCCCGUGGUUUGUACGUUUCAGAAUCGCUUGGGAAGUUGCAUCAGCGCUAGUUUUCCUCCACAAGUCAAAACCGACACCAAUCAUCCACCGUGAUCUUAAACCAGCCAACAUCCUUCUUGAUCGCAACUUCGUAAGCAAAGUAGGAGAUGUUGGUCUCUCCACAAUGAUCCAAACCGACCUCUUAUCAACCAAGUUCACAAUGUACAAACAGACGAGCCCCGUGGGAACAUUAUGUUACAUCGAUCCUGAAUACCAACGAACCGGGAUGUUAUCUCCGAAGUCAGACGUCUAUGCGUUGGGAAUGAUCAUUCUCCAGCUUCUCACCGCUCAGCCGGCUAUAGCACUGACCUAUACUGUAGAAAUAGCCAUGGAGAACAAUGAUGACGACGAGCUGAUACAGAUUCUUGAUAAAAAAGCAGGUGGCUGGCCAAUGGAAGAAACCCGGAAACUAGCUGCAUUAGCUCUACAUUGCACAGAGAUCCGAGCUAAAGACAGGCCAGACCUGGAAAAGCAGAUUCUUCCAGUUUUAGAGAACUUGAAGAAGGUUGCUGAGAAAGCAAGAAAAACGAUUGCCUCUGCGCCGAAGCAACCUCCAAGCCAUUUCAUCUGCCCAUUACUUAAGGAUGUGAUGAAGGAUCCAUGUAUUGCGGCUGACGGAUACACUUAUGACCGGAAAGCCAUAGAGAAGUGGAUGGAGGACUACCGUAGCUCGCCGGUGACUGAUUCCCCCUUAGAAAACAUGACCCUUUUGCCCAACCACACUCUUCAUGCAGCCAUUGUCGAGUGGUGCCGUAGAAAUCAGUAAGGCAAGCAAA